AUGGGUCUACGCUCAGAUUACCAAAGUCUAUCAGGGUCCAGUGGACCAUGGACUCAGUCUAAGCUCAAAAAGUCGCUACUACUUGGUGCAAGCACGUUAGCCCUAGGUUCUUUGGUUUGGAAGUCAGGUAGCAACAUGGCCUCAACUUUUGAAGUUCGUUCAGAGAGCUGUGGUAAAAUAGACGCAGUAGCUCCUAACUUCAACAAAUCUGUCGACUUGAUCUUCAAUGACCCCAGUUUCCGCCAUGAGUCUCUGUUGAAGCUCAGUGGGGCUUUACAAAUCCCCACCGAAAUUCAGGACACCAACCCUCUGCCAGAAGAUGACUUGGAUUAUUAUAAGGAGUUCUUCAAGUUUCAUGAAUACCUCGUCGAAACUUUUCCAUUGGUUCACAAGCAUCUACAGCUUGAAAAGGUGAACCACGUCGGCUUGUUGUACACAUGGAAAGGAUCUGAUGAGUCCUUGAAGCCCUUGAUGUUGACAGCGCAUCAAGAUGUGGUGCCAGUCCACCCAGCAACCGUGGGCGAUUGGACUUACCCACCUUUUUCAGGUUAUUAUGACAAUACCACCGGAUUUGUAUGGGGCCGCGGGGCCACAGACUGUAAAAAUUUGCUAAUUGGAGAAAUGGAAGCUGUUGAACAGCUUUUGAAGGACGGCUACAAGCCAAAGAGAUCUGUUGUCAUCGCUCUAGGCUUUGAUGAGGAAUCCUCUGGAGUUUUGGGUGCCAAGUACUUGGGAGAGUUUCUAUACAAUAGAUACGGCGACAACGGGAUUUACGCGAUUGUUGACGAGGGUGGUGGUGUCGUUCCAAUUGCUGAGGAUGUUUAUGUGGCUGCCCCUAUCACAGGUGAAAAGGGCUAUGUGGACGUCGAAAUCACCGUUCAUGGGGUUGGAGGCCAUUCUUCUGUCCCUCCUGAUCAUACCACCAUUGGCGUUGCUGCUAAUCUGAUCAAAUUGAUAGAGUCCAACCCAUUCGAGCCAACCUUCACUCCCAAAAAUCCAUUUUAUGGUCUUUUAACCUGCACAGCAGAGCACAACGACAAACUACCAAGUGACGCCAAAAGGGCAAUCUUAGAAGCGCCUUUCGACUCGAAGCAAAAACAAAAAAUGAUCAACAUGCUAAGUGCAGAAAGAAGUACACGCGAGCUUUUGAGAACCUCUCAAGCCAUUGACAUUAUAAAAGGCGGUAUUAAGGCAAAUGCAUUGCCCGAAGUUACAUCCUUUUUGGUGAACCAUCGCAUUGAUAUCAAUUCUUCUGUCAACAAAACCCUCGAGAGAGAUGUAGACCUCGUGAAGCAAGUCGCCCAUCAGUUUGGCUAUGGUGUUACUUUCAAUAAUCAGAAGAUUAUUCCGUCUACAGAAUUGGGCUAUAUUGAAGUUACCGCCAAGAAAGGUCUUGAACCUGCUCCAAUCAGCCCCGUUGAAGGCUCUGAUGUAUGGGAUCUUUUCGCAGGUACCAUUCAAAAUGUUUUCGAAAACGGGCACUUUAAAGAAAAUCCGGAGGUCGAAUUCUACGUCACUCAAGCAUUGAUCAGCGGAAACACUGACACCAAAUAUUACUGGCGUCUGACCGAAAAUAUUUACAGAUUCAUGGGGAUGGUCAUUGAGGAAGAUACAAUGCGCACCAUCCAUUCGGUAAACGAGCACAUUCCAAUGUCAGCGCACUUGUCCACUGUUGCAUUUGUCUACGAGUACAUUGUGAAUGUCAACGAAAAAGCUUAG